AUGCGGUGCAGUGACCUGUCUCUGUUGGUGGGGCCUCACACGAACCACGACUACCUGCCUCUCUCAGAUGCGCUGCUGUACAUGCCAGCUGUCCUCCUGCGGGAGACGCGAGAGGUCGUACUAGAAGCGAAGGAGGGCUUCACCAAGCCGUGGCGAGUGCAGGAUCAGCAGCGUGAGGACACUCUGCUUCACUUGCUCGAACUGCGCCGCAGAAAGCUCGCCGCGGUGGCGCAGCUCAUGGCGGAGCUGCGACAAGUGGAUAAUCAGCUCCUGCACAUCACGGAGACUAAGGCGCUGGAUGUGGCUAACUGGCGGUACCAACAGCGUGGACUGCACCGUAAGAUGGAGAAGCUUCUCCGUGGCGCCACAGCACUAGCCACGUGCUUCGCGCCAGUAUGCUCUUCUCCAACGGAUGCUAGUGCAGCUGAUGUGGAUACAGGGAAGUCGCAAGGCGUCGCUACAGCAUGCCCAUCGGGGUCACACACGCAGUCCGUGACCCAGAAGGAGCUCGCCCAAGUACGUCGAAUACUGCAGGUGCAACUUGCGCAGCUGGAAGAAGAAAAGUAUGCGUCAGCGCAGCGGCUGGAAACAUGGCAUCAACUGCUAAGCGAAGUGCCGUGGGGUGGUAGCGCGAGCGGCGACUUCAGCUGUGCCGCAGACACCACUGGGGGGGAGAAAGAUAGCACCCAACAUAUCAGACCGUCUAUAGCAACCCCAAGCGCAGCGGCCGCAGGAAUGAUACACACGCCUGCGCAUAACCCGCCUCCCCAACCUCGCAGCCACCACCCAGAGCGCUGGCAUGCCUCUGAGGUUGCGGCAACCAGCGCGCCAUGCACAUCCACGCCAGGUGCCCCUCUACAUGAACAGCAGCAGACGCCAUCUCUUCCCUCAUCCCCAGAGACCGACAUUGCCGUGACGAACCGCCGCUCACCGCAUCCUUCCGACGCUGAGGUGGUUCUUCUGCAGCAUGCGCUACACAACAUUAACGGUGCGCUGCGGCAACGACUCCUGCACGCCGCGGCGGCGUCCCUGUCCUCGUCCUCCUCUCAAUCACCGCCAACAAGUCACUACGCAUUCGCCCGAGAAGCAGCAGCGGCGGCUGACGUCAAUAUCUCGGGUCUCCCGCCGCUACCAGAUGCGACGCCUCUGCGCGGCAGCACCAGCAGCAACGUUCUUUCCCCCUGUCCACAGCAGAAUCCGACGCACCCUGGCAGCGUCAGCGUCACCGCAGCAGCCUAUGUCAUUCAACCUGCGAGGGAGCAGCAACAAGAGACCUCCCUGCUGCCGCGAUGUGCCGAAGCGACGGUACCCGUCACCUUGGAGGAGGGGGCAGCAGCAGCAGCGUUUCAUGCAACGGAAGAGGCGCAGCGACGCGUGUGGCGGCAGUCCCUGCAAGUCCGAGAGCAGGAGAUGAAGGACUCCCUCAAUCAGCUCCUCUACGGUACCAAGACCACAUCCUCGUCGCCGUCCAGAGAGCGCGGCAGCGUCGGAAGCCUCGAUGACGCCGGCAGGCCGGCUGCUAGCGCCAUGUGCAGCAGCAUCCCAACCUACCAGCGGAGUUUGGAGAGCCAGUAG